GACCACUACAUUGCCGCAUAUACUCCAGACGUAUAAUUUACUCGUGUGUCGCCUGCUUCAUUGCUGCCUUGAACCAAGUCAACGCUCCCUGUCGCGCUUACCGACUCGCUCAAAAGACAGUCCAAACAGCUCCUCGCUGUGAUUAUAUCUUAUAAUAGAGUGUUAACGGGCAAUCAUGGCGAAGGCGAGCCAGGCAUUCAAAGAUGCCCUACCCUCCAGCCUCCAAAAGCAGGUUUCAACGGGAGAAUGGAAGCGUACUCUCCUGUGGAUGAUGUGGACCAUCAACCUGCUCAUUAACGCCGUCUACAUGGUCAUGACCUUUGCCACCUGUAACAAGCUGGUCAACAGCUUCUACAAACUCAACAUUAGCCUUCACAACAACACCUGGCGGGCGCCUAUUGCGGCCACGGUCCUGGGCGGGUUGAUGGUGCUGACCUUCAACAUCAUGUCGUGCGUGAUUCUGAUCCGGAAGUCGGUGAACAGGUCUGGGCCAGGCUUCGGGUACGGCUUCAUCAUGGCCUGGUGCUUUGUGAUGGCCUUCUUCUGCCUGCUGUGCGGCCUGGUCACCUCGGGCUUCUACCCGGUGGUGCAGGAGCAGCUGCAACCUAACACAUCUUGGUCCUCGAUCGACACUGGCGCCUACGCGGGCACUACCGUCUUCUCUUUCAUCUGCGGAGGCUUCUACAUGUUCUUCUUCAUCUGCCUGGUGGUCUUCCAGGGCGGCAUUAUGAAGCAGACCGGCCUCUACGACCCGCGCCAGGACGAGAAGCGCAAGAUGGAGAUGGCGGUGAUGCAGCACUCGCACGGCCUGGGCAACCCGCUUGCGGGCCAGGCGCCCGGGUCUCACACCAUCUAAGCAAUCAGAAUGCUUACGGAGCUGUGGAAGCUGUUAGGCGUGUAGUAAGCGUGCCUUCGGAUUGCUGUGCAGGCAGGGUCACUGAGCAAGGUGGUAGCGUGCGCCUGACUCAGCUGUUUUGGCAUGAUUAGGGGCAUGGUUAGGGGCUGCGUAGGUGAAGCGUAUGUGGCCCCAAGACCGGCAGGGCUUCACUUAAGUAUUGUCUGGACCAUUCUUGACGUUCCCUGGCACCGCCGGUAUAUAGUAAUGCACGGGUAUCCAACAAGACGCUUGUGGACUGAGCCAAAGCCCUGGUUGGUAGGGAUGCCCGGUUUGGUCCGGUUCUUGGCCACUGUGGGUAGACCGUCCAAUUGGUCUUGGCCCAAAACGAGAGAGUCGGGCAAAUUGUCUGUUACAGUGCCCUCCACGGGCGCGACAUGCCCCCACGGUGCUAGGGCCAUCCGUGGCUCUCGCCAAGGCCGCGUCCCCACACGCCGAAGCAAUGUGUUGAGUUUGCGCCUAGGACAGACCCCUCUCGGGACCAGGGGAGAGGGAUCUCCCCUGCUCGGGACGGUGUCUUGGGGCUCGCGCUGAGACAGGAUCAACCCAUCCAGCUACGUACGUCAACGGACUGAACGGACCUAGGCUGGACGUGCAGGUUUGGGCAGUCUGUUAU